AGUUACAAGACCUCCAGGAGACUACACGGUUGUAACAAGACCUCCAGGAGGCUCCACACAACAGUUACAAGACCUCCAGGAGACUCUACACGGUGGUAACAAGACCUCCAGGAGACUCUACACCAGGAGGCUCCACACGGCGGUCACCAGAAGGAGACAAACAUUCACCACGAGAGACACACCACCAAGUGCUGCCAUGGCUGUGGUCCGAAUUGCCAUGAAAUUUCUGGCCAAAUCCGUGUUUUUCCUGGCGGUCGUCCUGACUUCAGUUGCUGCGGUGCAAGGCAAGGAGAGGGAGUGUGCCUUCACGGACCAGCAGCAGCAGUUCGAAGCGGACCGGGUGGCGGGAGGCGAAGGCAGGGUCUCCCCGGAGAACACCACCAUCCGCUGUGCCAAGGGCCGCCACUGCUUCGGCCUGUGGGAGAAGAGUCCUCCGGGAGAAGUGCGGCUCGUCAAACAAGGUUGCUGGACUCACUUGGGUGACAAUCACGCCUGCCAUGACGACCACUGCGUGGUGACCAACCUGCCUCCGCAGAUCCAGAACGGGACGUACCACUUCUGCUGCUGUGGCAGCGACAUGUGCAACGUAAACUUCACCGAGGACUUCCCCACGCCGAGACCCACCACCGAGCAGUCCAUCUACUCUGGAACGCUGCGUCGUGAGGAGACCAUAAUCAUCGUCCUGACAACAGCCUCUGUGCUGGCUGUGGUCGCUCUAGCAGCCUUCUUCGGUUACCGCAUGAUGCACGGGGACGGUAAACAAGGUUUGCACAAUCUGAAUAUGAUGGAGGCGGCUGGCUCCGAGAGCUCCCUGGACCUGGACAGCCUCAAACUGCUGGAGCUGAUUGGACGCGGCAGAUACGGCGCCGUGUACUGCGGCUCUCUGGACGAGCAGCCCGUCGCCGUGAAGGUGUUCAGCGCAGCCAACCGGCAGAACUUCCUCAACGAGUGCUCCAUCUACCGCCUCCCGCUGCUGGAGCACGACAACAUCGCUCGCUUUGUCGCCGCCGACGAGCGGACGGGCGCAGAAGGACGGACAGAAUACCUGCUGGUCAUGACCUACUACCCACAUGGCUCUCUGAGUCACUACCUGAGCCUCCAGACCAACGACUGGGUCAGAAGUUGUCGCCUGGCUCACUCCGUCACCCGGGGCCUGGCUUACCUGCACACCGAGCUCUUUAAAGGAGCCUUGUACAAGCCAGCGGUUUCACACCGGGACCUCAACACGCGCAACAUCCUGGUCCGCAACGACGGCACGUGCGUCAUCAUUGAUUUUGGCUUGUCCAUGAAGCUGACGGGCAACCGGCCGGCGCGUCACGGGGAGGAGGAGAACGCUGCUAUCAGUGAGGUGGGGACGAUCCGCUACAUGGCUCCGGAGGUGCUGGAGGGAGCGGUGAACCUCCGGGACUGUGAGUCGGCGCUGAAGCAGGUGGACAUGUACGCCCUGGGCCUGGUGUACUGGGAGACCUUCAUGAGAUGCACCGACCUGUUCCCCGGGGAAUCUGUGCCAGAGUACCAGAUGGCCUUCCAGGCGGAGGCGGGGAACCACCCAACGUUUGAGGACAUGCAGGUUCUGGUGUCCAGGGAGAAGCAACGGCCCAAAUUCCCCGAGGCCUGGAAAGAAAACAGCCUGGCGGUUCGCUCGCUGAAGGAGAUGAUCGAGGAUUGCUGGGACCAGGACGCGGAGGCUCGGCUCACAGCUCAGUGUGCUGAGGAGCGUCUGGCGGAGCUGCUGGUCAUCUGGGACCGCUCCAAGUCCGUCAGCCCCACACUCAACCCCAUGUCCACCACCCUGCACAACGAGAGAAACCGCAUGACCCCAAAGACCGGCUCCUACGCCGACCACCCCUCCAGCUACAUCGAGGAGCACGAGGGCGUAGCCAAGAACACCCAGAAUGACCCGUCCGGCUCCGUGACCGGCCGGUCGGGGCCGGGGACCGGAGAGAGGAACAGGAACUCCAUCAACCAGGAGCGGCAGCAGCAGAACGCCCGGCUGCCCAGCCCCGAGGGCAGCACCACCAGCAUGGGCCUGAGAGGCUCGCCGUCCGCCUCCACCACCACCACCACCAUCAUCUCCGAGUCCGAGGGCCCCGCCGGGGCCACGGUGCCCGUCUGCCUCCACCUGACCCAGGAAGACCUGGAAACCACCAAGCUGGACCCUAAAGAGGUGGACAAGAACCUGAAGGAGAGCUCUGACGAGAACCUGAUGGAGCACUCGCAGAAGCAGUUCUGCUCCCCGGAUCCCCUGAGCCCGAGCAGCUCCAGCCUGCUCUACCCGCUCAUCAAGAUGGCCAGCGAGGCGUCGGGGGCGGCAGACCCGGCUACAGCCAUGCCCGCCGCCAUCUUCCCCCUGCCCAAGCAGCAGAACCUGCCAAAGAGGCCGUCCAGCCUGCCGCUGCGCAACAAGCCCGCCAAGAAGGAGUCGUCGUCCCUCAGGUUCAAGUUCGGACGCUCGGGGAAGUCCAACCUGCGGCAGGUGGACGGAGCCAAGGUGAACGUUGGAGCGGCGGCGGGAACAAACGCCGCCGAGAGCCACCGGGCCACGAACAACGUACCGGCGCUGCGGGACGCUCACGUCAACGGGGCGGCUAACGGCCACGCCGGCGCGGGGGGCUCGUCCGCGGCGGCGGGAGGAGCCACCGGGUUCGGAGGGCCCGGGAUCAACGGGGCCCUGAGGGCGGGGGACAGCCGGCUCAGCCUGGGCGUCAUCACGGCCAGCCCCGACGAGCACGAGCCCCUGCUGAGCCGAGAGCGGGAGCAGCCCGACCCCAGAGACGCCUCCUCCUCCGGCAUGGGCGGCCCGCACUCGGCCCGGAGCCACGGGCCCAACACCAACAACAACAACAGCAACACGGGCCACGGCCAGGGCGAGGGCGAGAGCGGGGGGGGAGAGCGACGGAGCGGAGGAGGAGGGGAGCGCCGAGGGGGCCGGCAGGGAGACCGCGGGGCCCCCGGGGGAGAGCUCGGGCUCGGCGGCGGUUCCAGACCCGCCCAGGGAGGCGGCGGUCACCAUGAGGGGCGAGGCGCUGCUCCGGCAGCCCCGGGCCCGCCGGCCCGAGAGACCCAACUCCCUGGACCUGUCCUUCACCACGCAGGACCUGGCGGCUCUAGGGGAGGGUUUGGUGCAGCCCGACGGCGCCUUGGGGACGGGGGAGAAAAUCAAGAAACGCGUCAAAACGCCUUACUCUCUAAAGAAGUGGCGGCCCAGCACCUGGGUGAUCUCCACGGACAGCCGGGGGCCCGAGGUCAACAACAACGGGUCCAGCCGCGGCCGCGACCACAGCCAGAACCGGCCCAAGUCCAGCUCGGCCAUCUACCUGCAGGGGGGGGGCCUGGCCAGCGAGCCCAGCGACACACAAGUGUGAACUUUCCAUCCUCCAGUGACACUGCAGACGUGGGCAGCAGCGUCUCCGCCGGAGCCCGGGGCGGAGGCCGGCGUCCGUGUGAACAGUUGGGAUUGAUCAUGUACAGUAAUCUGAUCAGCCCCGCCCCCUCGUGUCUCUCUGACGGCAUUGCUUUAAGUGGAAUCCAGCUAUGCAGCGUUCUCUCUUCUCUUUCUCAAUCUGUUGCUUUCUUUGUUUCAUCCUGAAGAGCAUAGCAUUGUUUCGAUUUUUUUUAUUUUUUUUUAUUCCUAUGUGCACUUUGAACCAUUUUUAAUCAGUGUUUCGAAGUCCUGUCUGUUGCGACCUUAACAAAAAGUGGUCUCUAAACGUAAGUAGGCGAUGAAAAACAAUCAACACUUGGAGCGUUUUAUUUUUCUCCUGCUUUGUCAAGCGGUUUGAGAAAAGCUCUGUAAAAGAAUUGACGUCUUAAAGACAGAACAAACUAAUCCUUUUUAUUUGUAUGCAAUACCAGUUAUUGUUUUCUAUGUAUCAAUUUUUCGUAUCAUACUUUUUUUAAUCGUGCAAUAGGUUAUAGUUCUUAGAUGCUUUCAGUGUUUUUAUUGCUUCCGUUUAUUUUGGCUGUUUAUCCUUUCAUUACUUUGAUAUGUUAAUCUCUGUUGCACUUAUAAAUUGUCACAAUUGUUUUGUAAAUGAUAACACUACAUACAAUCGCCCCCACUUGAGAAGAAACCCGGAUGGCAAUCAUCUCUUUUCCUUUUGGAUUUAAGCUGUAUUUAGGGGGACACAAACACUAACAAUCGACCUUAACGGAGCGGGAACGUCUCGGGUCCUGGGAUCCGUCUGCUUCUCCAGCAACGGCUCCGUGCCGUUUUAAAGCUACAAUCAGCAGGACGGAGCGUUGGGAGCGAUCUGUUACGGUGGCCGGCUCAAUCCCUGGACCACCACCACUUGACCUCACUGUGGACCGCGUUUAGCUGAAGUUUAUUUUAAGUAUUUUGACUGAAAGACCAGAAACACUAAAAGCCCAGAUCUGCUGUUUUGUGUUUGAAAAUCAGAAACUAAAAAAAAAAAAAAAAAAAAGAAAGGAAAGGGGGGGAAGACCACUGGAGCACGCUGGAUAUUAUUUCUGCUUCUUGUCUCAUCCCUUGGUUUGAAUGAUGGAUUUAUCGUGCGAGUGCGUGUGCAUGUGUUUCUUUACGUCGGCCAGCAUCGAGUCGUCGGGUUCUAGCACUGUACAGGUAUGCUAAAGUGUCAUUGUUCUCGUUCUGUAAUUUCAGCGCUGCUUCAGGGCGUACAAAAUCUUGUUUAUGGUUUUUGUAAUCUGUAAUUUGUAUAAAAGACGUGUAUUGCAUUAAUAUUUGCAUCAUUUUUAUGGAGUUCAGUUGUGCAUUCAAUGGACAUGGCCUUUGAUUCCAUUGCUAUGCGUCUGCUCGGUACAGUUUCUGUAAACAUUUUCAAGUCUAUGAAAGAAAAUCUCAAUAAAUGUAUGAAAUAAUG